GGGGUAACAGCUGAGGCGCUUUACGGCGACGGCGGCUGAGUGAGAACCUUGGCGGCUGUGGAGGCUGCCGCGGCUGCGAAGGAGGCGGCGGUGGUGGCGGAGGAAGAGGAGUGGCGGCAGCGGCGGCGGGGACCCGUGCGGGGAUGGCGGAGGUACCGCCUGGGCCUAGCAGCCUCCUCCCACCACCAGCACCUCCGGCCCCGGCGGCGGUCGAGCCCCGCUGUCCCUUCCCGGCGGGGGCCGCCCUCGCCUGCUGCAGCGAGGACGAGGAGGACGACGAAGAGCACGAAGGCGGCGGCAGCAGGAGCCCGGCGGGCGGAGAGUCGGCGACGGUGGCGGCCAAGGGGCAUCCGUGCCUCCGCUGCCCUCAGCCGCCGCAGGAGCAGCAGCAGCUCAACGGAUUGAUUAGCCCCGAACUGCGGCACCUCCGGGCGGCCGCCUCCCUCAAGAGCAAGGUCCUGAGCGUAGCAGAGGUGGCCGCGACCACAGCCACCCCUGACGGAGGCCCCAGAGCGACUGCAACAAAAGGAGCCGGGGUACACUCGGGCGAGAGGCCCCCUCACUCCCUCUCUAAUAAUGCAAGAACUGCGGUCCCCAGCCCGGUGGAGGCAGCGGCGGCGAGCGAUCCCGCGGCGGCCCGCAAUGGACUGGCCGAGGGCACCGAGCAGGAGGAGGAGGAGGAAGACGAGCAGGUGCGGCUGCUGUCUUCGUCCCUGACCGCCGACUGCAGCUUAAGAAGCCCUUCGGGCAGGGAGGUUGAGCCUGGGGAGGAUCGGACGAUACGAUAUGUCCGAUAUGAAUCCGAGCUACAAAUGCCCGAUAUCAUGAGACUGAUCACCAAAGAUCUGUCCGAACCCUACUCCAUUUAUACCUAUAGAUAUUUUAUCCACAACUGGCCACAGCUGUGCUUCUUGGCCAUGGUAGGGGAGGAGUGUGUAGGUGCCAUCGUUUGCAAGUUGGAUAUGCACAAAAAGAUGUUCCGCAGAGGUUAUAUAGCCAUGUUAGCCGUGGAUUCCAAAUACAGGAGAAAUGGCAUUGGUACUAACUUGGUUAAGAAAGCUAUAUAUGCCAUGGUUGAGGGAGACUGUGAUGAGGUUGUUUUGGAAACCGAAAUAACAAAUAAGUCCGCUUUGAAACUUUAUGAAAAUCUUGGUUUUGUUCGAGAUAAGAGGCUGUUCAGAUACUAUUUAAAUGGAGUCGAUGCACUGCGACUUAAACUGUGGCUGCGUUGAGAAACUGACAUCAAGGAACAACUUUCAUCCACACAGAAUCGACCUUUGCAUGCAAUGCAAUUUGUACAGAAUUGCUUUGCAGGUGGAUUUAGUAAUUUCCAUGCAGCUCUUACCUGUCAGUGUCUCAUUGAGUGUCGCACAAUAUUUGUUGCACUUUGGCAUGGCACAUUUGUUCUGAAUUAAAAGAUUGUUUUAAACUUCAGGAGUUCUUUUGGUACCAACAAGAUGUGCCAGUUGAUAGCCAAGAUUUAUGUGUUCAUUUGCAAAGUCUGCUGACAAUGUUAUUUACACAGUGAUCAUUUUAUCACAGAACCAGUAAGUGGAACAUAAUUUUUGUUCCUUAAAAAAGCCAAUGUGGAUUGUAAAAGUCUUUAAGUAUACUAACAUUUCACACAAAACCUGCCCUAGUUUUCUGAAGUGGGUGAGGGAGACGCUUCAGUUUUAGGUUUUAUUUUUUCAAUAUUAAAUUUUCCAUUCUUGAAUAUUGGUACCUCAGUGAUUAGUGAAUGAAAAAAAUGUAGGGUGGAUAUGUCUUACAAUGAGUAAAGGUAACAAUUAAAUUUUGUCUGCCAGUGCCUGUGUAGAUAAGUAUAUUUGUCUUCAUCUCUAGUUUUUGAAUGCAUGCUAUCUUUUCCUUUUCUUUAAGGCCUUUGCAAGCAAACUUUUGUUUUUAUUUAAAUUCUAAAUUUGAUAAAUUAUUUCAGAUUUUUAUAAUUUGGAUACUUUUUUCAGGUGAAUGAAAGAAUGGUUUACUUUAGAAGUCCCUUUUUCCUUACAGUAACAAGUUGAAUCUACUUGGAAAAUUGAGAAAUGGCUCAAAAGAGAUAAGAAAAGUUGAUGGAGCCGGGAACUGCUGGGGUUUAGAUGCACUUUUUCUUUUGAGAGUAAGGGAAGUUUUGGAAAAGAAUAGAAAAUUAGUGUAAAUUGAUAUGAUUUUAUUUAAUCAAAAUUACUGCUACGCUGCGAAGAACAGCUUUUACAAAGUAGCUGAAUUUGUUUUUCCCACUUGAUUUGGAUUCACAUUGCUUUCAUUUCUUAAAAUGCUUCACUUCAGGUUCUUGGUCUUGGAAAUAAAUUUCAAGGUGCAUUGUAUCCAUUUUAAGCUGCUUUAUUUUAUUUUCACUUGUAUGAGCAAAUUCUUGGGGGAGCUUUGCUUUUCUUCUGCCAGAAAAACAAAAGGGGGAAAUGAAAAUCUUUUUUGGAAUGAGUUCUGUGGGUUUUCUUAACAGCCACCAUGUUUAUUAGUUACAUUGUGUUUUGGCCAAUCAGUGCAAUGUAACAAAUUUUACAGUUAAUUGCUUUCAAUUGAGUCAGUAAACCUGUGAUAGAUAAUUUAACUGGAAAACCUAGGUACCCAUAAGAAAAAAGAUUCAUUCUCUGUGAAAACUGUAGGAAUCUGUUGUUGUUUUCAUUUGAAUAUGCUCUACUUCUGCUCUAGUAUUUGGUUUGGAAUAUAUUUUGUGGCUCUAAUUACUGUAUUUUUAAAAACCCUACCUCCAUUAACAGUUGGUAAAGGCCCCUUUUCAGGAAAGUUUGUUGCCUUUUUUUUUUUUUUUUUAAAGGAAAGCUGCUCUUUGCUCAGUAUAGUGUUUUGAAAGUGAACAUAGUAACAAAUACUUUAAAAAUAAAGAUACACAAUUUAUAUUUGAAAAUAAAAACUUUCUGCUGGUGGGAUUAUUUAUAGUUCUUUAUUUUUAAAGAAAAUGUUUUCCUUUUUAUAUUGCUCUUGAAAGUUUAAUGGGCAGAAUACAAUACUGGUUAUAAUAAAAAUAUGGUAACCACACAGUACUCAGCCUUUCAAUAUGUUUUUGGUCAAACUUCAUUUAGGCACUAGCAUUUAGAAGAAUACCAAUCAUAGUGAUGCUUUUGUUAUUUAAUAUGAAGGAAAUGGAACUAAAACAUUUAUGUCAUCAAAUUUUAUUUCACUUCUUUAUAUUUGACUUGCUGGUUGAUACAUAAUGGUUGAUGAACAUAUAUUUGCUUAAAUCACUAAUAGGGAUGGUUGUAAAGUAGAUAGAUCAUUGGUUCAACCAUUUUAGUGUUUUUGCCAGAUUGUCAAUGAAACCAUCAUACUGACCUUUUCCUCCAAAAUUGCCAAAUUGACUGAACUGGUUGGGUGUUUGUAAAGAUGACGUUAACUGUGUGACUAAAAAGUCAGAUGGUUGCCAUAUUGUUUGGUAUAUGUUGAAUGUCAGUGUAUGCCUUAUGUCUUUAACUGGGUAUGCAAAAAAAUUUUUACUUAAGUAGAUUAAAAUUUUAACCUCUAGCAUGAAAACCCAGCACCAACACUGAAAGACUCCAUUCAGGUUGAAGUAGCCUCAAACAGUAAUUUACUUUUUGAUAAUAGGCUGUUGUUUUUCUUAAAUAAGCUUAAAACAAUUCUAUCUGAAAUUGGUAGCAUGGGUUCACUUGGCUACAACUGAGCAAAAUAGAUGCAACUUUCUUUUAAUGGGGUGCUGCCUCUUUAGGACUGACUGUACUAUCCACUGACACUGGUUUGGCAGUUGGUACUGCUGAACAUUUUUAUACAUGCUACCAUGAAGCUAUAUAUGUUAGUAUUGAAGAAGCUAACGGGUAUACUAUCAUUUUUGAUGUGUGGGCUGAUUAUAAUUUCCUGUAUUUCCUGUACAUUGGGAUGAAACUACUUUAGCAAAGUCCACAGAUCAGAAACCAGACGGUGGUUUUUGAAGUUGAAACCAGCAAAAUAAGAAAAAACAAAAAAUCGAUUUUAAUAUUUUCUGCCUCUUUCCCAAAUUACCCUUCCCACUUGCUCGACAAAUCUAUGUAAAGCAGUUUGUUUUUUCAUGUUUUAACUUUACCUUGCCCUGUGUUAUGGUACUGGCUGACAUGUCUAAGACUGGAUGUGUAUAUUUAUUAUGGUGUCUAAAAAUCAUGAAGUUCAUCACUUUUCAGGAGUAUAGAUGAAAUCAAAUUGGUAGUACAUCAGAGUUACUUUUCAGUGCACCAUGACAUCACUAAAAUGAGUGCUGUAAUGUUACAGGGCUUUCAGGUUUGUAAAAACAUAACCAUAAAUUAUAUUGACGUCAGAUAUGAGUUGAGUAUCUAUAAAAUAUCACGUGUAUCUCAAAAUAUUGGACUGCUGUUUGACUGGAUAUUGCUGCAUAAUUUUCUUCUAUUGUCCCAUAUCCUUUUGGAGAGAGAUUUAAUGGGAUUUGAAAUGUGCAAGCUGUCUAAAUAAGAUGCAGUCAAAUAAAGUAUGGUUAAGUUG